AAGAGCUACUUGUGAACCACUCUGGCAAAAAUCAAACAUGAUUUUCUGUUUUCGUCAAGCGGAGCCUAUUGCGCCUCCUGAGCUUCAUGUUGGAGAAGGACGUCGUAGUUCGAGCCUGUCGAAAACGAAGAUCAUGCAAGUUGCUGGAAAAUUGAAAGUCAAAUGUGCAGUGCGCCUUUUGGCUAGUGCUUUCGUUUUUUCCUCCAGCGGAUGCUCUUUCGAUGUCUCUGCGGCACCCCUGACUCUCAGCGGGGGCGUCGUCCAACAUGAUCAUGGCAAAGUUCAAGGUGACGCCGAUACUGAAGAAGAUCCCCGAGAGGUAAUGUUCGCACGGUUGAAGAAUGUCUUGAUCAUGCAGGGGUCGGACGUGGAUCAGGAGGAAUCUGUGACUGGAAACAGCUC